ACUGAAUGCCAUGGGAAAGCCACAGAGCAACUGUCUGAUCAUGGAACGCUGGCUGUCCCGAGACUCCACGCCUUCCAGAGACCCUUGGCCAAGGGAAGGGUCACGACUCACCAAGGCAGCUCUUCCUUCCUUAUUUGUUUGUUUGUUUUAAGAGAAAAUGUCUUUCUAUGUUGCCCAGAUCUGGAACUCCUAAGCUCAAGUGAUCCUCCCACCUCAACCUCCCAAGCGGCUGGGACUACAGGUGCACACCACUGCCGCCGUGCCUGGCUUUUUUCCUAACCUUUUGCCACUAAUGUGAAUCAGAAAGAGAUCUUCAUGGGUUCACUUGGAUACUCUGGCCAAGAACCAAGAAGAGAAAAGCUGACUUUUAAAAGCAUAGAAUUUGUGUAAAUUUAUUCAGGUCUAAAUCUAUCUGAGCUACUUUCCACGCUCUGUUCCAGACAUGCCCUGUGAUCUCCUCAACAGAAUGGCAGCAACGCAUUCUCACAAGGUUGAAAGGAACAGGAAAGGAUGGAACCUCAGAGCCAGACGGCCCUUUGUGAGAAAAAGGGAGGCAGGCAGUCUGGCUUCUCAAAAGGAAAGGGACGCUGGGGAUGAUCCAGUCCAGGAGUAGCAAACAGUUUCCAUUUCUGUUGUCAGCUCCAACAGAUUGGCUGGGAAGCAGUUUCUUGGGAUGCUCAUCUUCAGAGGAACUCCGGGGCUGUUUCUGUGCCCAGCUGGAAAAAGUGCUACAUUAGAUUCCUAGGGUUGCUAUCACAAAUUAUCGUAAAUGUGGUGGCUUAAAAUGACAGAAAUGUAUUAUCUCUCAGUUCUGGAGACCAGAAUCCUGAAAUAAAGGCUCUGGCAGAACCAUGCCCACUCCAAAGGCUCCAGGGGAGACUCUUUCCUUGCCUUCCCCACUGCUGAUGGCUCCUGGUGUUCCUUGGCGGAUGCCAGCAUCCCUCCACUCUCUGCCUCUGUCAUCCCUUGGCUUUUUCUCUUUGUGCCUCUCUGUGUGUACAUCUCCCUCUCGUUUCUCUUACAAAGACAUUGGUCAUUGGAUUUAGGGCUCACCCUUAAUCCAGGAUGAUUUCACCUUGAGAUCCUUAACCAGUUACAUCUACCAAGACUCUAUUUUGAAACCAGGUCACAUUUUCAGGUUCUGGGCAGAUACGUGUCUUGAGGGAACAUUAUUCAACCCAGUGCAAAUGCCAUGAUGGUUUAGCAAGCCGGACAUGGGUUUGGGGCUAUGCAGGGAUAGGGCUCAUGUCUUUUGCCUUCUGAUCUGCCAUGCUGAUCUAGUCCAAGCCCAUAGCUUUACAGAUGAUAGCAGAACUGAGGUUCAGACAAUAAAAAGGUCUUGACCCAUACCACUUAACUACGUAAUGCCGGAGGAAUCAAGAACAGAGAAAGAUAAAGAGGUGGGGGAGGCAGUUGGGAUGGGGAAGUGUAGGGUGGGAGGGGAUGAAGAUGAAUAUUACUGCCUUGAUUGUGGAAUAACUGAGAAAGGCAUCUUUGCAUUUAAAACCAUUGGCCAAAGAGGAUCUAGAUGGGACAAGAAAAUAACAACCAGCCAAUUAGAGAGAAAAUGUAGGCAUUUUAGAAGAAUUAGUACCGCACUGGGGAUCAGUUUGCAGAAGAUCAUCUGCCCUUUUUCCGGCUAAAGGAAUGAGAGCUCCUCUCACUGGGCAAAAGCCUUUCCAGGCUGGUCCCUGAAAGCAUCAUGCGUACAGAUGCCUGCUGGUUGCCAUGGUGAAUGAUGCUGAUCUGAAGAAAUGAAUAAUGUGAGCAUUAGGGUGACAGUGGGAUUACUCAGUGUUGAGAGAAACAACACGGAGAGCCAGAGCGGAGGAGGGAGAAGGCACCAUUCUCGCAGCUUUGGUCUACUACGCCUCGGAGGGCACAGCUCUAACCAGACACGCUGCGAGCAUCAGAAUCGGGAUGAACAUCGAGGUUGGGAACAUUUCUCAUACAGGAGCCAUCAUCUCCUGGUCGCCCUCGGAGCCCUGCCUGGAGGACUAUUACCAUAUUAUGUACAGGCCCACCUGGAACAGCAUCUUCUCUGGCUAUCUUCGUUACAGCUUCCACCACGAGGAGAAGGUGCCUCGAACGAUCAGCUCCGUGGUGCUGGAACAUCUCGCCCCUUCCACUUUCUACUUCCUGUGCAUCAGCUGUAAGAAGGCUGCCUUCCCUCACAGGCACUACUGCACAAUGUUCCACACCUUGGAUAAGAGUCCGCUGGCUGCUGGAAGCUCCCUGGUGGACCCCCAAAUCUCCCUUUGGGUGCUGAUGGCCAUUCUACUGGCCUGUUUCACAGCCGUCUUGGCCUUCAUCUGUCUCCAGUUCUGGUGUGUCCGCUACCAUGAGCCGCGAUGGUCCUACAGAGCUGGCCAGAUGGAGGAGGCCAAUGGGUUGGUGAGAUGGCCAGAGGAGGCCCCAGCUCUGGGUCAAAGGGAGGAAGACCUGCAGGGGCUCCCCCUGGUGGAAGUGCCACGCAAGAACUCCAGAGAUGGAGCUGAACCGGACCGGGAAAUCAACCAGGAUGCCUCUGAUGCGGGUGCCUUACAGAGGGAGGGUGGUGACCAACUCGCCACACUGCCUCAUUGCAGGGAAUAAGAGCAGGGAGGAGAGGGCUCACAUCGUGUAGCCUAAAGCUUUCCACACAGUAGGUCUUUUGUACAAAUGUGUCUAUAGACUACCCAUUUCUCUCCCAUUGUGGGUCACCUGGGUUGGAUGAGUGCCCCAUGACAAAGCUUCUUAAGCUGGAAAAUGUAUCCCCCAGGGUAUGCCAAGGUACAAAUAGGGCAUCUCUGCAGCAGUGUCCACUCAGGGGACAUCGUUAAGAACUGAAAACAUUAUUUUAACAUUAAAACAAAUACGGAUAUGUUAUAAAGUAGAAAGCAGAAAUUUGCAUGACUGACAUGAAACAGUACUUGAAGGAAAUGUUUGGGUUGCAGGUAGGCUCUCUGAGGUACACUUUUGGGCAAAGGCAGAUGUCCAGUUUCCUCUGCCCUUGAGGGGAUUAUUUGGAAAAAUGUGAGAAGCUUCUUUUAGGCCAUCACACACCACCUGUCUCUAUUUUUUUAAACCAUGAAUUAUCUUUACUAUUCAUACGUUCCUUUAAAUUGACUCAUUUUUAAGUGUAAACUUAUUUUCAAAGACAGCCUUAUCUUAUUCCAUAAGUGAAAAGCCAGCACCCUCCUGCUACAAACAGAAGGGACCAGAUAUAAGAAUAAACAUUGUGAAAGUAAGAUAAUAUUCAGUCUUAGCUUCUACCGCCUGCCAGUGACUCUGAGCUUCAUGCCUGCUUGCUUGUCUUUGAUAAAAAGAGAUCCAGUGUUGGAGAGGUAAUAAAGACACAUUAGUACCAAUAUUUGUCUUUCUUCUUGACAUAGCAUAAGGUUUGAAAAGAGAAUCGAAAAGGGAAGUGCUAUUUUUACUUUGUAAGUCUGUGUUAGUUUCAUUUGAGGUGAACCACCUCAAAUGCUGUCAAUCAGCUUCCCUCGAUUUGAGAAAACUGCCUUGAGCAGACCAGGCUGGUUGUUCUGGAGAAGAUGCCUGUACUUUCCCAGCAUCAUCCUAAGACCUUCCAAGUGCCCUCUUAUAUCUACGGAGGACAAAAUUCCAGAAUCACAGGACGACACUGCUAUGAAUCAACUGAGAAACAGCAGGAGCUGAGAGGCCAAGACAAGAAGCCCCACAUCCCUAUUUCCUUGCCCCCUCAAUAAAGUAAAUCCUCACCUGACUGCUCAGCCUUCCCCACUCAGCAUCCAGUCUCCACAGUCUGCUUUUGCCCUUAUUCCUGCUACUUGUGAACAAAUAAAGAUGCAUAUACUCGCA